CUUGUGCUAGCAUGCAUAAAAAAUGAUAUAAAGCCUCCGAGGAACGACGCACUGGACACAGAUCUGAUGUCUCUACAGUUUUUAUUCUAUUUGAACUUUGUUAACCUAACCCAGCGCUAUAUUUCUUUUGGUUGCGAUCCACCCUUUAAUAAUGCAUUGUCUGAAACGUCUGCGGAUUACUAAUGCGGGAGUUUUACAACUGCUCAAACAUGCUGUCAACUCCGCACUAGUUGGGAGUGACAGCAAUGUAUUUUCCAGGAGCCAGCAACCCUUUCAGCUGUUCUGCACGAGAGCAGGACUGCACCACAACAGGCAGCAACAUCAUCAAGCUGUCAAUGAUUUGGACCAAACAGAGUGCAGGAACAGCUUGAUCUCUGGGAUGGACCUUCUUUUCUACACCAUCACAGAGGGUAAAGAGAUGAUCUCAGUCUCUCAUUUCGUCUCUGCGUUGAAGAGCACAGGUUUGUGGACAUCUGAUCCCAGGCUGAGGGACUGUAUGCGUCAUCUGCGCCAGGCCAUGCGGGAAUCUGCCGGAACAGUCAUGAUGGACCAGAAACUCUUCAGGAAGUGUGUGGGUGCUAACAUCCUGUUGCUGACACAGGCGUUCAGGAGGAAGUUCAUCAUCCCAGACUUUGAGGUGUUUGCAUCCAACAUGGACCAGCUGUACUACAGUACCCAAAGGCAGGAGGGGGGACACGUAGCAGAUUACAUUCCUCAACUGGCUAAAUUCAGCCCUAAUCUGUGGGGAGUGUCUCUAUGCACAGUGGAUGGGCAGAGACAUUCUGCAGGUGACACCAAGGUUCCAUUCUGUCUUCAAUCAUGUGUGAAGCCACUGGAGUACGCCAUUGCUGUGCACGAGAUCGGCACUGAGCAUGUGCACCGUUACGUGGGCAAAGAGCCUAGCGGACUCAAGUUCAACCAGCUGUCACUGAAUGAUGAGGAUAAACCACACAACCCUAUGGUGAACGCGGGGGCUAUCAUCAUCAGUUCUCUGCUCAAGCCUAACUCGAAUAAGGCAGAGAGGUUUGAUUAUGUAAUGGAAUACUUGAAGAAGAUGGCUGGCACAGAGUAUGUGGGCUUCAGCAACGCUACUUUUCAAUCAGAGAAGGAGACCGGGGAUAGGAAUUUUGCUAUUGGUUACUACCUGAAGGAGAAAAAAUGCUUUCCUGAGAAUGCAGAUAUGAUUGCAGCCCUUGAUUUCUACUUCCAGCUGUGCUCCAUUGAGGUGACCUGUGAAUCAGGCUGUGUCAUGGCCGCCACACUGGCCAACGGGGGCAUCUGUCCAAUCACAGGCGAGCGGGUGCUAAGUGCGGAGGCUGUGCGGAACACCCUAAGCCUCAUGCACUCCUGCGGAAUGUACGACUUCUCUGGCCAGUUCGCCUUCCAUGUGGGCUUGCCUGCUAAGUCUGGCGUGUCGGGUGCAGUGCUGCUGGUGGUCCCUAAUAUCAUGGGAAUAAUGUGUUGGUCUCCUCCCUUAGACCGUGUCGGAAAUAGUGUCCGAGGCAUUCACUUCUGUCAGGAGCUGGUUUCUCUCUUCAACUUCCACAAUUAUGACAACCUGAGACACUUUGCAAGGAAGCUGGACCCUCGCAGACUCUCACUUGAUGAUAGGAACAAGUCAGUGGUUAACCUGAUGUUUGCAGCUUACAGUGGUGAUGUCUCUGCCCUGAGGAGGUUUGCUCUCUCGGCUGUGGACAUGGAAGAGAAAGACUAUGAUUCUCGUACAGGUCUCCACGUGGCAUCAGCCGAAGGUCAUGUGGAAGCAGUGAUCUUCCUAACAGAGAUGUGUAAAGUGAACCCCCAUAUAAAGGACAGGUGGGGAAACACACCCCUGGAUGACGCCAGGCAGUUUGGUCGGGACGGGGUGGUGUCGGUCUUGACGGAGUACCAGCAGAUGUACCUAUGCAAUAAUGGGUCCCAGUCAAAAACCGAAGACCAGAGAAAAUUAGACAGUGAAGGUUGUGGUUUGAGCUAGACAGGAGAGAUGUCUAACCAUAUUGUAUUUAAUACAAGAGGCACUGGCAGUUUCAUUCCAGAGAGUUGUGCCCUUCCCCAAUAUCCUUGUUCACUAGCACUCCCCAUAACAGAUCUGAUAAGACUUGGUUGGUUAAAGCAAUAUGGCGGAAAGCAGGUGAACUUACCUCUUCUCAGGUAGAUAGGUGACAACGUUUCGUAAUAAAAUGCAGCCAUUUUGUGCCAAGAGUCAUGAAGAGUUGUAGCUAAUUGAGUGAGUAUAGUUGAUGUGGUCACACGUCACUACGUAUAAAGGUCCCAUGCACACUUUCUUUGUCCAGGUUGCUGCACAUAAAAGCUUUAGGAGUCUUCAGGAGUGGACAGAAUCACUGUAGCACUGUAUAAAGCUGAUAUGACACCAACAAGUGAUCAGUUGCUAGUCAGAGGGGUAUACUAAAAAGCAGGAUCAAUGCAUUAGCCAGCUAACUUUGAUUAACAACCAGAAAUAACUGUUGGUUUUCUGGUUCAUUAAGAAACCUAAACUUAGGUAUGUUUUUGAUUGUCAAGUCAGUCAGACCAUGCGCAUUUCAUGCUUAUCUUUAAAAAAAAAAAAA